GUCGUGCGUGCGUGCCGUGCGCGGGCGCGGCGGCGGCGAGGGGCAGAAACGGCCGCGGCGGCGCCCGGGCGGCGGGAGUGGGGCCAUGGCCGAGGCGGCGCCGCAGCCCGGGCGCUUCUUCUGCCACUGCUGCUCGGCCGAGAUCCAGCCGCGCCUGCCGGACUACAUCUGCCCCAGAUGCGAGUCGGGGUUCAUCGAGGAGCUUCCGGAAGAGACCAGGAGCUCCGACGGCAGCGCCGCCCCGUCCGGUGCCCCCGCAGAGCAGCUCGGCCGGCCGCCCGUGGAGAACGCGGACCAGCACCUGUUUGCGCUGCCGCAGGGCUACGGCCAGUUUGCUUUCGGCAUCUUUGACGACAGCUUCGAGCUCCCCGCCUUCCCACCCGGGGCCCCCCAGGCCGAGGACGGCCGCGACCCCGAGACCCGCCGCGAGCGCGACCCGCACUCCCGGCAGCGCUACGGGGCCCGGCAGCCCCGCGCUCGCCUCACCGCCAGGAGGGCCGGCCGGCACGAGGGCGUGCCCACGCUGGAGGGGAUCAUCCAGCAGCUGGUGAAUGGCAUCAUCACCCCGGCCACCAUCCCCAACCUGGGCCUGGGCCCCUGGGGGGUCCUGCACUCGAACCCGAUGGACUAUGCCUGGGGGGCCAACGGCUUGGAUGCCAUCAUCACGCAGCUCCUCAACCAGUUUGAGAACACGGGGCCCCCGCCUGCAGACAAGGACCGGAUCCAGGCCCUCCCCACCGUCCCCGUCACGGAGGAGCACGUGGGCUCCGGGCUCGAGUGUCCCGUGUGCAAGGACGACUAUGGGCUGGGCGAGCAGGUCCGGCAGCUGCCCUGCAACCACCUCUUCCACGCGGGCUGCAUCGUGCCCUGGCUGGAGCAGCAUGACAGCUGCCCCGUCUGUCGGAAGAGCCUCACUGGCCAGAACACGGCCACCAACCCCCCGGGCCUGACCAGCUUCCCCUCGUCCUCGUCCUCGUCCUCGUCCUCCUCUCCCGGCAACGAAAACCCCUCCGGCAGCUCCUGAGCCCCGCGCCCUCGCGGCCGCAGAGGCCGCCCUGCCGCCUGCCAGCGCCGGCCGCCACAGCCAGCUGUGCCCCGCACCCGGGCUCCCAGGCAGAGCCGAGCGGCCGCCCCCCCCCACACAGGGGUGCGGGCAGGCCCUCGCCUCAAUGGGGCACCGAGGCCCGCUGCCUAACCUCUCCCUCCACGUUCAGCGGCGGAAAGGUUUUUAUAAUUUUAAAUUAUUCCCGCUUUGAAAUAAAGGGACGUUGAGCUCACACGCUGCCACGCGUGAUCUGUGGGUGCGGGGCCGGGGUCGCCCCCCACCCCUCAGCCUGGACAGCCCCUGAGGGCCGGCACCGGGGAGCCACCAGCCCACCAGGAACAAAACUGCGCCACAGACUUUUUUAAAGGAAGAAAUGUGUGUAUCUGAAAGCUAUUUAAAAUACAGCUACUGAGAACUCGA